AGGUGCAAAUCCCUGUGCUGAUCCCGCUGUCCCCAUGGAAAUCCCCGUGUUCCCACACAGAUCCCGCUGUCCCCGUGUCCUUGUCCCUGUGCCAGCAGCACAGCUGGGACCUGAAUCCCCCUGUCCCCAUCCCAGUGUCCCCAUCUCCCUGUCCCCAUCCUUGAAACCCCCUGUCCCCAUCCCUGUGUCCCCAUCCCUGUCCCCACUCCUGUGCCCAUCCCGGUGCCAAUCCCGCUGUCCCCGUGUCCUUGUCCCUGCGCCGGUGGCACAGACGGGCCCUGAGGCCCCCUGUCCCUGUCCCCGUGUCCCCAUCCCCCUGUCCCCAAACCCGUGUCCCAUCCCCAUGUCCCUGUCCCUGUGUCCCUGUCCCUGUGUCCCCACCCCAGUGUCCCCAUCCCUGUCCCCAUCCUGGUGCCAAUCCAGUGCCAAUCCCGCUGUCCCCGUGUCCUUGUCCCUGUGCCAGCAGCACAACUGGGGCCUGAAUCCCCCUGUCCCCAACCCCGUGUCCCAUCCCCAUGUCCCUGUCCCUGUGUCCCUGUCCCAGUGUCCCCAUCCCUGGACAAACCCCCAUGUCCCUGUCCCUGUGUCCCUGUCCCAGUGUCCCCACCCCAGUGUCCCCAUCCCUGGUCCCAAUCCUGGUGCCAAUCCCGCUGUCCCCGUGUCCUUGUCCCUGCGCCAGAGGCACAGACGGGCCCUGAGGCCCCGUGUCCCUGUCCCUGUGUCCCCAUCCCGUGUCCCUGUCCCUGUGUCCCCAUCCCUGUGUCCCCAUCCCCGUGUCCCCGUCCCAGUGCCAAUCCCAGUGCAAAUCCUGCUGUCCCCGUGGAAAUCCCCGUGUUCCCACACAGAUCCCGCUGUCCCCGUGUCCUUGUCCCUGUGCCAGCAGCACAACUGGGGCCUGAAUCCCCCUGUCCCUGUCCCCGUGUCCCUGUCCCCAUGUCCCCAACCCCAUGUCCCAACCCCAUGUCCCAUCCCCAUGUCCCCAUCCCCCUGUCCCCAUCCUUGAAACCCCCUGCCCCCAUCCCAGUGUCCCCAUCCCUGUCCCUGUCCCCAUGUCCCUGUCCCUGUGUCCCCAUCCCUGGACAAACCCCCAUGUCCUGCUCCCCCUGUCCCUGUCACACCCCCUGUCCCCACACGUGUGAUCCCAUGUCAUUCCUGUGUCAUUCCCGUGUCCCUGUGUGUGUUCCCGUGUCAUUCCCAUGGAAAUCCCGUGUCAUUCCCAUGUUCCCAUGUCCCUGUGUGUGUCCCUGCCACAUCCCAUGUCCCCACACGAGUCCCCGUGUGUGUUCCCAUGGAAACCCCGUGUCAUUCCCAUGGAAUUCCCAUGGAAAUCCCGUGUCAUUCCCAUGGAAUUCCCAUGGAAACCCCGUGUCAUUCCCAUGGAAAUCCCAUGUAAAUCCCGUGUCACUCCCAUGUUCCCGUGUCCCCAAGCUCAGCCCCUCCCCCCCCCGUUAAUUAGCACCGCUCAUAACGAGGGAGGGAUGAGGAAAGGACAUAGAAAGGAGUUUCCCCCG